CAAACACGACAAUAACAACAACUGUAUCUUGUACAAUCCACAGCCCCACCUCGGACAGGCCAGCAGCACAACCCCACUCGGCGCGAUGGCAAACCCAUACGCGGCCUACUCGGCCUCGGGUCCCUCGUCGUCGUCAGGCCCCUCGUCAUCGCGAGCUCCCCAGGGCCAGCAACUCGGCGUCACUCGAUCGCGUACCCUCUUCUACCUCUCGGUGCGCGACAGCUCAACGUUUAGCUCGAACCGGGGGUCGCGUAUAGCUGCCGCGCAGUAUGGCGACACGGUCGAUGUCGCGGACGACGAGCAGGGCCGCUUGCUGGGCGGCUCUCACCGCGUCGACAUGAGCGACCUCCCUCCUAAAUGGGUUGAUAUCACCGACGAAGUCGAGGAGAUUCUAUCGCGCGUGCAGUCCAAGGUCACGGCACUCGACAAGCUGCAUGCCAAACACGUCCUGCCUGGCUUCAACGACCGAUCCAAGGAAGAAGCCGAGAUUGAGCGGCAGACGGCAGACAUCACGAGGGACUUUCGACGGUGCUCGUCUCUCGUUGGGUCCAUCAGCGCCGGCCCACGGGCAACACGCGCUGAGAGUGUCACCGCGGCCAAUGCCCAGCGCGGCCUGGCACAAAAGGUGCAGGAAGCAUCGGGGCAGUUCAGGAAGAAGCAGCGAGUGUACAUGCAAAAACUCCAGGGCCACGCCAUCAAGAACAAGGACUUGCUGGCGGCGAGCGGCGCGAUCACAUUACGAGGCACCGAUGGGUUGGACGAGCUCGCCGAGGACGAGGAGGCGACCCGCAACCUGCAGUCCCAGUCUCAGGCCCAGACGCAAUCCCAUGUCGCGCUCGACAUUACACAACGGUCAAACGAGGUGCAGCAGAUUGCCCAGUCGAUAGCCGAGCUCGCCGAGCUCUUCCGCGACCUGGGCAACCUCGUCGUCGAGCAGGGCACUGUGCUCGACACGGUCGAGUACAACGUAAUGGAGACGAGCCGGUCGAUGGAGCACGCGGUCGAGGAGCUCAAGACGGCGCAGCGGUAUCAGUCCAACACUGGCCGGCGGCGGUGUAUCCUGCUGUUGAUUCUUAUCAUUGUCGGGCUGGUCAUCGUGCUCAUUUACAAGCCGCGGCGGCAUGCGGCACCCUCCGAGCCAAUUACGAGCGGGGCGCCUGAUGCGGAGAGCGCAGUCGACGACGCGGCCGACGUGUACAACGACGACGACGGCUUCCACGAGGUCGGCGACCCCUCGGCGUCCUUGCCGGGCUGGCACGACCGGCCCACACCGACGACCACGGUGGCGACGGAUUCCGCGAUAGACUGGACGCGGCCGGCUGGUGGCCGCCCGCACAAGUUCCCCACCGGCGACGACGAACUGAUCGACUACAGGUUGUAGCUUUACGCCUUGCACCCCAUAUUGCAUAUACUAGACCAUGCCAUGCAUUGCCACAUUAGACGA